UUUCCCCUCUCUACCUUUGAUUCUGAAGGAAACCUUUUCAAAGUGCAUGCCAACGGAAUGUCUUUCUCUAACCUAGGUGUGAGCUCAGGCUUUCACUCUUGGUCCCUUCCCCUCACCUGGGUUGAGUUUUCUGCUGCUCCCCCCCCCCCCCACCCCCGCCCCAAGCCCUGAGAGCAGUCACAGAAAUCUGUACUGCUUCCCCCUGACUGGGGCUGAGCUUUGGGCUUCCCAGCAAGGAGGGUCCAGCCAGAGGAAAGCAAGGAGGCGGUAGAAACUGUGCGCUUGUUGGGGAGGUAGGGGGCAAAGCAGGUCUGAGUCUCUUCCUCCUCCAGGACUCAGAAGUGAUCAAAUCAGAGCUCCUGGGUCAUCUUCUCUGCCAGUGCCCUAGGCCAAGCUUUGAUCUGCCCCUCACCAGGGCACAGGAGCCCUGGAGAGGCCUGACUCAGCAGGCAUGGGGAGGCACCAGGCUGCAUACUGCCAAGGCCAAGGGGCAACUCCGGGAGGGCCCUCGAAGAAGACCCUGGGUGUUGGACCCUGGCAGAUACAGGUGAACUGGAGAGCCGUCCGGAGAGAAGGGGGCUCACACGUCACCACCACUCCUGUUCCUAUGGAGGAUUCCCACUUUCGCAGACCAGCUGGGCUCCCCCAUCGUGAUACAAGAAACUUCGACCUGCAGAAGUCCGAGGCCAUGCUCCGGAAGCAUGUGGAGUUCCGAAAGCAAAAGGACAUCGACAACAUCACGAGCUGGCAGCCUCCAGAGGUGGUCCAGCAGUAUCUGUCAGGGGGCAUGUGUGGCUAUGACCUGGAUGGCUGCCCCAUCUGGUACGAUGUCAUUGGACCCCUGGAUGCCAAGGGGCUUCUCCUCUCAGCCACCAAACAGGACUUGCUCAAGACCAAGAUGAGGGACUGCGAGCGGCUCCUGCAGGAGUGUGCCCGCCAGACCGAAAAGAUGGGGAAGAAGGUGGAGACCAUCACCCUGAUUUACGACUGCGAGGGGCUUGGCCUCAAGCAUCUCUGGAAGCCUGCGGUGGAGGCCUUUGGGGAGUUUCUCUGCAUGUUUGAGGAAAAUUACCCUGAAACACUGAAGCGUCUUUUCGUUGUUAAAGCCCCCAAGCUGUUUCCUGUGGCCUAUAACCUCAUCAAACCCUUCCUGAGUGAGGACACGCGCAAGAAGAUCAUGGUCCUGGGGGCAAACUGGAAGGAGGUUUUACUGAAAUAUAUCAGCCCUGACCAGCUGCCUGUGGAAUAUGGGGGCACCAUGACUGAUCCUGAUGGAAACCCCAAGUGCAAAUCCAAGAUCAACUAUGGGGGUGACAUUCCCAAGAAGUAUUAUGUGCGAGAUCAGGUGAAACAGCAGUACGAACACAGCGUGCUGAUUUCUCGUGGCUCCUCCCACCAAGUGGAGUAUGAGAUCCUCUUCCCUGGCUGUGUCCUCAGGUGGCAGUUCAUGUCAGAUGGCUCGGACAUCGGUUUCGGGAUUUUCCUGAAGACCAAGAUGGGGGAGCGGCAGCGGGCAGGCGAGAUGACGGAGGUGCUUUCCAGCCAGAGGUACAAUGCCCACCUGGUCCCUGAGGAUGGGACCCUUACCUGCAGCAAUCCUGGCAUCUAUGUCCUGCGGUUUGACAACACCUAUAGCUUCAUUCAUGCCAAGAAGGUCAGCUUCACUGUGGAGGUCCUGCUUCCAGACAAAGCCUCAGAAGAGAAGAUGAAACAGCUGGGGGCAGACACCCCAAAGUAAUGCCUCUUCCCACAGCAGGCGUGGCUCCCUCAGUGUCUCCCUGUCAGUUUCUGUCCCUUAUAGCAGUCAUUUUCCCAGUACCCAGAUGCCCAAAAAAGCUGGGCUACAAGAAAGACCUUGGGCUGGAUUUGGGGAACUUUCAUUUCAGAAUUAGGAAGAGGGGGAGCAGCAAGAGAGAGUCUCCUUGCCUCUCAAAUUCCUCAGGAGUCCCCAGGGGCUGGGCACCAUGACAGGAUCUACCAUCCUAUAAGCUGUGCCAACUUCACCUGUCCAAUGACAGCUGAGACAGGAAGGGGUGGGGGGGAAGAUGCAGGUGGCAGCAGGACAGAAAUUAGAAAAGAGGGGAGAGAUUGAGACCUAACACUUAAGGGAAGCCAGCUGCAGGGGAGGAACUUGCUCCCAAGUGAAAAUGUUAAGUCUAGAACCUUACGAGGCGUAGCAAGGUAGGAGCUUGCUAGAGUUAUGGUGGGGGUCAAAGGCUCUUCUAAACUUUCUGUCUCCAAGGGCGGGACCUUUUGGCUUUUCCCACCAGGUCUCAGGGAUGACCUGAGUCAGUAUAGAUCUUCCCACUCAGGGGUAGACAGGGAGGCAACCUCGAGGCUUCCGCAACUCUUGGGACCCACUGGCUGUCUCUUUAAUUACUGAUUGUCAGUGACUCAUAGCUUCUCAGGACAGAGAUUUGGUAGCCAGCCACUGUCCUCCAACGCAAAGCACAGGGAAAUUACCUCGAGAUCCCAACUUCAGGAUGGGCCAGGGAGCCUAAGCGGGGGGAGUGAAUUCUGAGGCUUCCGCCCCCCUCCCCUUUUUAGGGCUGCCAGUUACUCAUCAAGUAACUCUCCAUUUGAGCAUCCCACACAAAAAUGACAAGUGGGAUUAAGACAGUAGAUCUCAGUGAAGGCCUUUCCCAGUCUGAGCCUCCCACGGUGCGGGCCAGCCCGCUUCCUGACUGACCUCAGCAAGGCUUUGGCAGUCCUCUCUCUGUGGGAGGCGUAUGGCGGGUGCACUGGGUUCCUGGUGUCUGGCGGGGAGGCUGCCCGGGCAGGGGGCCAAAGGCCGGCCCAGCAUCUGGGGGCAGCCACAAGUAGCCUCACAGGCCCCCAGCCCCGCCGUCCACAGGGACAAGCAGGGAUGGCCAAGGGGGCGCUCAGCGACCACGGACUGGAGGGCACGGACCCUGAGGGCAACCACAGCACGUAACCCAAUGCCACGCCCCGCAAACGAACACUCGAAAGCACCCCCCGGGCCCUCGCAGGUUCUUCCCGACCUUGGUUUACAGCUCUCUGUUAGGAAAAUUAACCAAUGAAUAAAGCAACGUUCAGUGCA